GACAGUAUACCUACUUUUCGUGUAAAAAUAGAUGAUAAAUGAAACACUUCGAGAUUAAUUCUUUGUGAUUGUAUUCACUGUGUCGUCGCUGAUCUUUUUGUACGUUAGAGAGCAGAUGACAGUUGCUAAUGGUACUUAUGAAUUGCGAUACAGUGAGCCUGAGAUUCGUACGCAAGAGAGAAUUCUAGUAACUUCAAUGCGUUGUUGGCACUGCGUGCCCUUGCAGCGCUGCUUCCCAAUGCCAUCGGUGCGAUUCGUGACCACUCGGGAUGUUGCCUCGCCGGGUCUUUGUGCCAACGUCGCUGUCGCAUUAGUUGCACUGCAUUGAGAUGUGCUGAUACGUUGUAGAGUAUUAUCCGUAUUCGCGCCUGUUGAAGCUCGCCGGAACGUGGCCGGCGAAUUUUGUGGUGUAGUCGGUAGACCUAAGAGUGAUAUAAACUGGUUAAACGACUGCAGCGGCAAGACAACUAGAUUAGGCGUCAUCAAUUCAGCGUUUGUUGCAUCUUGUCUAAAAAUUAGGAUACAAAAUGUGUCGUUGCUUCUGUAACUGCAAGAUUUUACAUGCUCGCCCUUGCUGCGUAUUCAUAUGCUGUACCCUGUUGGUCAUUUGCGUUGCUGUGGGUUUCGUUGUAGUUAAUUACUGGCCGGAAAAUUCUGGAAAGAAUGGUACUGACGCUUGGACGUGCUAUCGCUCUAGUUGCAGAAGGUGCGAACUCCUGGAAGAGCCAUCAAUUCAACUAAACGCCUCAAUGUGUACAAAUAUAACUUACCUUUCAGAAGAUGAUGGAUAUUUCUAUAUUGUAACAGUGAAUGAAUCGGUUGUAACUAAUGAAACCUUAACAGAUUUAAAUCCUCUUCCAGUCUGCAUAGAAGAACCAACUGUAGAACAAUAUGCUAAGGCUUGCCUUCAUUUAUAUGAUGUUAAUGCUACUAAUUCAAGUCUGCAUGUUUGUGCACACGUGGAAGUUACAAAGAAACUACAUUUUAUAAAAAAAUUUGAAUUUGGGUGCUUUGACAUAAAACCUCUUAAAACAGGUAAACCAUUAGCAGUUGUGGAAGAUAAUACUAAACAUUCUGUGAUAGUCACCUGAGAGAAUCUGUUUUGUGAGUUGUAAAGAAGGCUAAUGAUUGAUGUUCAAAAAUUUGUGGUAAUUGAAUCUCAAGACUUUUGAAGUUCUUGUGUUUGAAUAUAUAUUUACUUUUUAUUUUAAUAUCUUCAUAUUUUAAAAAGGUAAUUGAAUCUUAUCAGUUGUUUAAAUUGAUAUUACAUUUUGAGUUGUUUACAGACAUAAUGCAGGUCAAAAUGUUUGUUUUAUUGUAAAGUGCCUUAAAUGUUGGUCAGUUUGGCUAAGUGCUUACAUCAUCUGUGUUGCAAUUGUAAUUUAUUUAUAGAUGUAAAAAAACUAUAAAUAAAUGAUUCUAUAGAAUUUUUCAUAUUAUUAUCUGAAAAUAUUGAUUUUUAAAAGGUCUUUCUAUGUAUCUAAUAUGUCCAAAAUUAAUAAUAAAAUCCUUGUGAAACAUAUUUUUUCCAAUUAACAUAAUUAGCAUUUCGAAAAUAUGUUAACACCAAGUUUCUUCAAAUCUUUGAUUUGUGAUGGUUGCUGUGUUUGAGAUACAAAUUGAAGGGUUCUGAGAACAAUGUGCUUUCCCAUAUUGACCUAGUUCUGGAAUAUUUAGGAUUUCUCUAGAACUUUAAUAAAGUUUUGAAACUGUGGAUCGGUAAAAUCUUCCUGAAUUUUUAAUGUUAUAAUUAUCUAUUUUAUACAAAUCACAAAACGCUUAUCUUUUUCACUUGUCAAAAAUGACUUUGAUGUUAAUCAUUCUCUUUUGCAACAGUUGGUCACUGUGCAUUUUGGCAGUCACAAACUUUGGUCUUUUAGGCUUUCUUCUCCACUUUUCCUUGCCUUCAUUCUAACCUUUCAUUUCUAGUUCUCUGGAUCUCUUUCCCUAUUGUGUAAUGUUUUAUGUACAGGAUGAGCAUUCUUAUCAUCGGUAACCUCCGAAGUUAUGGUAACAACAUUUAGUCUGUCAUGUUAAUUUACUGCAAACAGCUACAAAACAAUAAAUAUAAGCUUUUGACUCCAUAUGGAGAUUUACUGUAAAAAAAAAAAGAAA